AAAGAGAGCAGAGAUGGCGGGCGCGUUUUGGGGGACUCGAGUGUUGGAGAUAGUGAAGAAGCACGACUCCGGCGGCCUGGUUUGGAAGAGAAUAAAGCUCACCACCACCCGCAAAGCCAACGCCAAGAAGCGCCUCCUCCGUGUUUGGCAGAAUGAGGCUGUCCUGAGGGCAUGUGCGGAACCACCUCCUUCGAAAUCGCCUGGGCUUGAUGCUAGCGAAGUUGUGAGAAAGACAGCUGAAUAGUUGGAAAUGAGUAAGAGUGCUAGACAAACUGAAUGCAUUAGUUUUUUCGUUAUUGGCCUUAAUGCCUAUUUGUAUGCACUGUACGUUAUGAGAUUUAACUGAAUGUCAUCCUGAACCUGCAUUUUGAUCUUUCUCUAUCUAAGUGCAUACUGUAUGGCAUAUUUGAAGUUAUUGGAUUAGUUGUACCCUAGAUAGCUCUGAUAUUAUUCGAUAGUAAUAAUUUAUUUUGAUAUUCUUGCAUCCAAUGUGUAUCUUCAACUUGAGGCUUAUUAUUGUUGUCAAAAAAAAAAAAAUUGAGGCUUAUUGAUAUUCCUGUUUGCUAUUUUGCUUCCUGUCCUUAAACUACUUGACAGUUUAAAAGACUCAAUUCCACAUCUAAUUUAAAAGCAGCCUAAGAUUGCAUAUUUAGUAGACCUUAAUUUGAAGUUGGUUACUUGUCUAGAGAACAGAUGACCCAUCAGCCUAUUAUCUUGUGAAAAAUAGAUAGAUAUAUACUACUAAUGUUUAUAUCUGCCAACAAGGGGUUCAGUGGAAUGUUCAUGACAGUGGUUCGCUACUUCCGUAGGAUUAGCUAUUUUUGCUAGAGUUAUCUCAAAACCAUACUGUUUGCGGAAUCUCGAUACCCAGUCUUUGAAGCGGGUUUGAUGGAUUGGG